UCUCUCAAGCACUAUUCAGAAAUGAAGUUAUAGUUGUAGUCUAUUUCCGAGGCUGAGGUGUGCAACGAUGGUGAAUGUUGCAGCUGUGACGUGUGGCGCCUUCAGUGUGGAUCUGCAGGGGGCGGCGCGCGCGGACUGGGCCAGGAGGACGUGUGAGUUGGUGGUGGUCAGUUCAAAGGAAACCCUCUUCGAUGAUAAUCCCUUCUACCGUUGUUACGUGUACUACAACAAAACUAUCUCCGCUAGCGUCACCACCAUAACGUCCCGCGCCACCAAGACACCGCGCUUUACUACCACUACUACUCGAUCUCCCAAUCUCAACACUACACUCCGCCACAACACCACUGCAGCCCGCCCCACCACUGCCACGACUACAACCAGCAACAACACCACUGUCACAACUACUACAACCAGCAACAACACCACUGCAGCCCGCCCCACUACUGUCACAACAAGUACAACCAGCAACAACACCUCUGCAGGCCGCCCCACCACUGUCACGACUACUACAACAAGCAACAACACCGCUGCAACCCGCCGCACCAUUGUCACAACCACUUCUCUCACCACUGUCAGAACGGUUACACCCCGCUACAACACCAAUAUUAGCGCCAAUAUGAACCAUAACUACUUUUGA